AUGUUGAGCGUGCUGAAGAAAAGAGGAAAAGAGAGCUCCACGGUGCCGAUCGCUCUUCCAACGAUGACGCUGCAUUCUCAAGUUCCCGAGCCGGGUGGACUUGCCGCGUGCCGCACAAAUCAGGAGGCCAUCCACUGUUGUACACCCGACGACGGGUAUUGUAGUCCCGUUUACAAGACCUCCGAAGAGUUCGGUCAUUUACUCUUGGCAAUGACGGGGAAUACCAUGGAAACUCUGCCCAAGUCAGAGCCACAAUCACCAGCUGCGAAACGAGUCUACAAAUUGGUGCUAACUGGAGGUCCGUGCGGAGGGAAAACUACAGGACAGGAACGCCUCGCGACAUUUUUCGAGAAUCUUGGCUGGAAGGUGUUCACCGUUCCCGAGACAGCCACCGUUCUUCUGGGAGGAGGCGUGAAAUUUCAGGAGUUGACUCCUCAACAGACGUAUGAAUUCCAGAAAGACUUAUUGAAGACUCUGAUUCGAAUUGAAGAUGUGUUUUUCAACCAAGCAGCUUUGAUAAAUGACAGAAAUGUGCUCGUGAUUUGCGAUCGAGGAGCAAUGGAUCCAUCAGCUUACAUUGAUGAUAAAGGAUGGAAUCAAAUGCUUUCCGAAUGCAAUGUCGAUCAAUUCUCAUUGAGAGAGGAUCGAUACAAUCAGAUUUGUCACCUUGUGACUGCUGCGGAUGGAGCUGAAAACUUCUACACUUUAUCAAACAAUAACACAAGAAAAGAGGGAAUUGAUGCAGCAAAGAAACAAGAUGAUCUCACAAGACAAGUUUGGAUUGGUCAUCCAUACGUCGACAUUAUUGACAACUCAAAUUGCAAGAGCUUUGAUGAUAAAAUCUUAAAGUUAAUAGAGGUGGUGUGCUCGAGAAUCGGGAUUCCGACCGGAGAUCGGCUACACAAAAACAGCAAAAAACGCAAGUGGCUCGUGCGAUCACUCGAUUUGCUCGACUUUCCGAAAACUGAAGAGUUUAAAGUCACACAUGAUUAUUUGCUGAGUGACGAUCCUGCCAUUCAGAUUCGAAUCCGUUCACGAAUGCAAAACAAUCGGACAACUUAUACAAUCACUUCCAGACACUUUUUGAAUGGAGAAACGGUGGAGACGAGGAUGAAGAUCAGUGAGAGAGAGUAUCAGAGAUAUCUCACAAUGAAAGACCGAAGUCGUGCCACGAUCCACAAGCAACGUCGGUGUUUCACUUAUGGAAAUCGGUAUUUCAAUCUUGAUGUCUACGUGGAGCCUCUUCCUCCAGCCGCUCACGGUCCGGUGAUCAUCUUGGAGACUUACACGACGAAUGAAGGUGAUUCAACUCUGCCACCGUUUCUCGAGAUUUCCAAGGAGAUUACUGGUAACCCACAAUACAGCAUGUAUGAACUGUCAAAGCGUCCCAGUGUGCCUUCAGCCUCAUUUCAGGGAGACUCCGAAUCACGUAUCUUUAGCGAUGAU